GUCGUAUUUUUACACUGCGUAGUCUGCUUUACACGUGUUGAGAUACUUGUCAGUUUUGACUUACUACGUUGCUGCAGCAUAUCUAAAUCUAACUAUUCAAGAAACAUUUUGACCGACAUUUAUCAUGAGCAACAAGAGGAAAAUACCGGAAGGGGAAGAAACAGAUUAUAUUGCGAAACCUCCCAAGAUCCUGUCCAACAUUCACUUGCGAAAUCAAGAAAAGAGGUUGAUUGUCAUCCUAGAACAAGCUCAGCUUGAAUCGGCCAAAAUAGGGAGAGAUUUUGAACUUCUAAACUGUGAUGAUCAUAUUGGCUUUCUGAAAAAACACAAUCGGGAACCAUCAUCAUGCAGGCCUGACAUCACCCAUCAAUGUUUGCUGAUGCUCCUGGACUCCCCUCUCAACCGAGCAGGGCUUUUACAAGUGUACAUUCACACUGCAAAAAAUGUGUUGAUUGAAGUCAACCCUCAAACAAGAAUCCCGAGAACUUACUCGAGAUUUGCUGGUUUGAUGGUUCAACUGCUUCAUAAGAUGAGCAUCAAAGCAGCAAAUGGGCCCAUGAAGCUAUUAAAAGUGAUCAAGAAUCCAAUUCAGGAUCAUUUGCCUGUCGGUUGCCGUAAAAUCUCGACUACUUUUAGCUCAACCAAAUUAGUCAAGCCACGCGAUGUAGUGUUACCUGAGGAACCCAUCGCCAUCGUCAUAGGUGCGAUGGCUCACGGCAAAGUGGAUGUGGAAUACAGCGAGGAAGAGAUCAGCAUCAGUCAAUACCCUCUGUCUGCUGCGCUCACUUGCUCGAAAUUGUGUAGUGCGUUUGAAGAAGUGUGGGGAAUUCAUUGACAAUUGACAACAUUUUGUUUCUCAAACCAAAACUUGUUUUUUUUUUUCCAUUUAAAAAACCACAGCAACAACAUCGAUAAUACAUAAAAGAUAAAAACAGA